CCCCCAUCACUAGAGAGAAGCAGAAAAGAUAGCGAAUCAGAUCUCAUCCAUAGCACCGAAGAAUUAUUCCGGGAUUUGAAGCAAAUGCAAGAGGCAUGGCUCCAUGAAGCUAUCGGUACUUCAGAGACUGAACAGUACGUGCCAGAUUUCCACUUAAACUUUGGUGUCGCGUCAAGGGUAAAGCUGGAGGUAAACAACCACUGCUGCCAGCCGUGUCGCCGCCUCAGCCACAUGCCGACGCCAAACUUCGAGUACGGCGAGCGAACGUUCGUCAGUGGUAGCCUGACCUGCGAGCAAGACUCGUCCACAGGGGGGCGCUACGAGAUGCCGUCGCCGAUCUCAAGCUGUCAGACGUCGCCGACGUCUGUGACGACGUCGCCUCGGUCUUACGUGAAGAAGGAGACGCGCGUGAGCUAUCAGGCAGACAUGUACCACUGUAUGCCCGAUAUAAGGAGAAUCCGCAACUAA